AAAAUUCAACUUAGUUUAAUUAUUCCUUAUUACUCCGUAAUAUAUAUAUGUGACGGGCAUCCAUGCAUGCAUGCAGUUGAUUCUUUGAAAGCACUGAGUGACAACUUGGUCGAUCCAAACAAUGUUUUAGAGAGCUGGGAUUCAUCCCUGGUCAAUCCCUGUACCUGGUUUCAUGUCACCUGCAACACCAACAAUAACGUUAUACGAAUUGAUCUCGGAAAUUCAGGUUUAUCUGGUCAACUCGUCUCCGACCUUGGCAACCUUAAGCAUUUACAGUACUUGAUUCUUAGCAAUAACAAACUCACUGGUCCCAUUCCUACCAAAUUGGGUGGAAUUCCUACUUUGAACCAAGCGUUUCUCUUGGAUAACAAUCCCGACCCAACACGUUGUGCUUGAACAACUUAACUAUCAUUUGUACGUGGAAUCAUUUUGUUCAUUAUUACUAAUUUUAUUCACAAAAAUGAAAAUAAAAAAAUCAAAAAUAUUAUAACUAACGGUUUGCUCCGGUUUUUUUUUAAAUUCUUACCAUUUUUUGUUAUUUCCUACUUUCAUUACUUAAUUCGGAUGGAAACAAAAAUUGUUACCAUUUUUGUUAUUUUUUAUUCACAAAUAUGGUAAGAAAUCAAUCCGCCCCUUCCUUUUUGGCCAUAUUUCACCAUUUUUGGCUUUGGGGUGUGAUGGAAUAAAUCAAAAUGGAUCUCUAAACUAUCUGCGCUUCUUUAAUUAAUGAAGUAGCAGUUAGUCAAACACUGCAACUUUCGAUGUUGAGCCGGGGGUCUCUUUGGAAACAGCCUCUCUACUUUCGAGUAGGGGCAAGGUCUGCGUACACACACCCUCCCCAGACCCUACUCUUGUGGGAUUUAACUGGGUUGUUGUUNAUUUUUGGCUUUGGGGUGUGAUGGAAUAAAUCAAAAUGGAUCUCUAAACUAUCUGCGCUUCUUUAAUUAAUGAAGUAGCAGUUAGUCAAACACUGCAACUUUCGAUGUUGAGCCGGGGGUCUCUUUGGAAACAGCCUCUCUACUUUCGAGUAGGGGCAAGGUCUGCGUACACACACCCUCCCCAGACCCUACUCUUGUGGGAUU